AUGAGCGCGUCAGCAAGAGUAGCCCGAAAUAGCUCUCCCCAUCAUGCCGUGAGAAGCGCUGGGAGCUUUGCAGGAUCUCCCAUUCGCUCCGCCUACCUCCAUCGCCAUGCUAGGGGACUACCACCACAUCUAAGAGCGCUUGCUAUUCUUGUUCCACAGCGGCCAUACUCUACGGAAACUUCUAGUAGCAGCGGUAGUGGUGCUGACCUUCCUCCGCCUGGUUUUGAUGCAAAUGCAGCGAAGAAGCCUUUGACUGCUGAGCAAUCUAAAGGUUCUGCCGCCUCCAAUAUUUCUUCUGGAGUUGCAGCUUCCGUCAAAAACCAAACAAGCGCUGCGAAAGAGUCCGCCGAUGUUACUGGAGUCCCCAAGACAAAUGCCAACGAGGACAGGAGUUUGGAUGAGCUCGCAGCUAACAAGGCGAAGCAUGAAAAGGAGGUAGCGGAAACAGCAAAAGCCAAGACGAAGUUGACGCUGUGGCAAAAAGUAAAGCAUGAGGCCCACCACUAUUGGGACGGGACCAAAUUGCUUGGUACAGAAGUAAAGAUCAGCUUCAAGCUUGCUCUAAAAAUGGCCGCCGGUUACGAGCUCACACGAAGAGAGGACAGACAAUUGAGACGCACAGUGCAAGACCUGGGCCGUCUAGUACCAUUCUCCGUUUUUGUGAUCGUGCCAUUCGCCGAAUUACUUCUUCCAGUGGCUCUUAAAAUCUUCCCAAACAUGCUACCAAGCACAUAUGAGGGUCAGAAAUCGAAGGACGCAAAAGCUAAAAGCUUGAGGUCAACGAGAACCCAAGUCAGUGACUUUCUUCGAGAUACACUGAAAGAGACCGGCCUCCCAAUCAGUGCAGUAAAUGCGCAGAAGGAAGAGUUCACUACCUUCUUCAAGAAGAUUCGCAGUACAGGCGAAUCGCCAACACAAGCGGAUGUAAUCAAGGUCUGCAAGAUCUUCAAGGAUGAUUUGACUCUGGACAACCUUUCGAGACCGCAGCUUGUUGGGAUGACGAAAUAUAUGAACCUGCACGCGUUUGGCACGGAUCUGAUGCUACGCUAUCAGAUUCGACAUCGAAUGCGCCAGAUCAAACGAGACGAUCGUGCAAUUUCCUUUGAAGGUGUCGAUAGCCUUUCAGUACCAGAACUUCAGAUGGCUUGCGCAUCAAGAGGCUUACAUACGCACGGCUUAGGUCCAGCAAAGCUACGCGACGAUCUUCAAAUGUGGCUUGAUCUACGACUAAAGUAUGGCGUGCCUUCGACACUUCUUGUCUUGAGCAAUGCUUUCAUGUAUGGACAGGGUAAAGACACCGAGAUCACUUCUCAGAUAGACGCACUGCAAGCCGUUCUCUCGUCAAUACCUGAGGAAUUAUUCCACGAGAUCGAGUUGGAGGUUCACAACGCCGAAGGCGCUGCGACUAAUAAGCAGAGAUUGGAGGUACUCAAGGAGCAACAGGAGCUCAUUGAAGAAGAGAACGAGCAAAGCGAGGAAAACAAAGAGUCUGGAAAGACCGCGCCACAGGAUAGAGACAAUAUUGACGAAGAAGACAAGAAAGCUAGUGUGAGAGCUCAAGAGGAUGGCGAAGGGCAAAGGGAUGAGGCUACAGAUGCCGAGAAGGAAUCAGCAAAAGCACAGGAGCAGGAUGAAAGGCAGCCUUCGAAGGAGAAGGAGUAG